AUGCAGGAAGAAACUCUCCAGGCUCAUGAGGAACAGCAGCAACAGUUGCAGCAACAACAGCACCAGCAGCAGCUGCUGCAGCAACACCACUAUCACCACCACCAGCAGCAGCAGCAGCAGCAGCAGCUUCUGGAGCAGCAAAUCCUGCAGCAGCAGCAGCAGCAGCAGCAGCAGCAGCAAUGUAUAGGAAAUUUAGAGUGUAUGUAUACUCCAAUGGAUGUAAUACAAUCACAGCAUACAGCAGCAGCAGCUGCUGCUGCUGCAGCAGCUGGUUCAGCAGCAGCAGAUGCUGCUGCUACAGGUACACCAGAAGUAACUGCAGCAGCAGCAGUAGCAGCAGCAGCAGCAAACGAUUUUUGUGUCCAUAGUGCUGCUACCUAUCUACCAAGUCAGCAGCAUGACUUAUUUAGCUGCAGCAUUCCUACAGCAGCAACUGCAACUGCUGCUGCUGCUGCUGCUGCACCUGCAGCAGCAGCACCCCCACCAUCAAUAGUAACAGAUAUCUCUGAGCAGCAGCAGCAGCUGCUGCACUCAGCCAUUUCUGCUGUAACCAUUGACAUUCAUGAGAAGCAGCAGCAGCAGCAGCAGCAGCAUUUGCAGCAGCAUUUGCAGCAGCAGCAUUUGCAGCAGCAGCAACAACAGCAGCAGCAGCAGCAGCAGCAAGUUGAACCGGAUACGGACCGCAGCGGGGACAGCAGCAACAUUGAUUGUUUGGUGAAUCGUCUCUUGUGCUGCACAGAAGAUACACAGCAGCAGCAGCAACAGCAGCAGCAGCAACCGCAGCAGCAGCAGGAGCUCGUGGAGCAGCAGCAGCAGCAGCAACAGCAGCAGAAAACAGCAAACUUGCUGCAGCAGCUAUGGACGUGCAUGCAGCCCCAGUCACCUGCAUUAAAUGCUGCACAGAUGCAGCAGCUAAUGCAGCAGGUAUCUAGUAUAUUUAAUACCCUUAGCAGCAAGCAGCAGCAGCAGGAGCUGCAGCAGCAGGAGCUGCAGCAGCAACUGCAGCAGCAGCUGCUCCAGCAGCAGCAGCAGCAGCAGCAGCAGCAGCAGGAGCAGCUGGAGCAGCAAGGGGGUGGCACCCCCAGCACGGUCGAAGAUAUUCCCUCUGAUUGCUUUAUACAGCAGCAGCAGCAACAGCAGCAGCAACAACAGCAGCAGCAGCAGCAGCAGCAGCAGCAAAAGUGCCAUAUGUCUGUGUGCCACAUGGUACCAGAGGAGCAGCAGGAGUUGCUGCAGCAGCAGAGGCUACAGCAACAAGCACUGCAGCACCAUCGGCUACAUCAGCAACAGUUGCAGCAGCAACAGUUGCAGCACCAACAGCUGCAGCAGCAACAGUUGCAGCAGCAACAGCUGCAGCAGCAACAGUUGCAGCAGCAACAGUUGCAGCACCAACAGCUGCAGCAGCAACAGUUGCAGCAGCAACAGUUGCAGCAGCAACAAUUGCAGCAGCAACAGCUGCAGCAGCAACAGUUGCAGCAGCAACAGCUGCAGCAGCAACAGCUGCAGCAGCAACAGCUGCAGCAGCAACAGCUGCAGCAGCAACAGUUGCAACAGCAACAGUUGCAGCAGCAGAGGCUGCAGCAGGAAGCGCUGCAGCAUCAAGGGGUGCAGCAGCAAGAGUUGCAGCAGCAGAGGCUGCAGCAGCAAGAGUUGGAGCAGCAACAGCUGCAGCAGCAACAGUUGCAGCAGCAAGAGUUGGAGCAGCACGGGCUGCAGCAGAGACAGCAGCAGCAGCGGCUGCAGCAGCAGGAGUUGCAGCAGCAAGUGUUACAGCAGCAGAGGCAGCAGCACAUGCUGCAGCAGCAAGGUAUGCUGCAGCAGCAAGGUAUGCUGCAGCAGCAAGUGUUGCAGCAGCAAGGGAUGCAGCAGCAAGUGUUGCAGCACCACGAUAUGCAGCAGCACUUGCUGCAGCAGCAGCAACAGCAGCAAAUGCAGCAGCAGCAGCAGCACUACACCCCACAAGGAUUGAUUCCCUCAAUGCAUGCUGCUGCUGUUGCUGCUGCUGCUGAGCCGCUGCAGCUGUUGGGGCAUCCGCAGCAGCAGAUGCAGCAGCAGAUGCAGCAGCAAAUACAGCAUCAGCAGCAAAUGCAGCAGCAGCAGCAACAACUGCAGCAGCAGCAACAACACAUGCAACAGCAGCAGCAGCACAUGCAGCAUCAGCAGCAGCAAUUACAGCAGCAGCUGUCGCAGCUGCAACAGCAGGAGAUGCUGCAGCAGCAGCAACAAGAGCUGCUGCAGCAGCAGCAGCAACAAGAACUGCAGCAGCAGCAGCAGCACAGUGCAGCACUGAUGCUUCACCCCUCCGUCGCGACGCCGUGCCAUAGUUACUCACAAGUGCAGCAGCAGCAGCAGCAGCAGCAGCAUAUGCAGCAGCAGGAGCAGCAGCAGCAGCUCAUGCAGCAGCAGCAACAGCUCAUGCAGCAACAGCAACAACACAUGCAGCAGCAGCAACAACACAUGCAGCAGCAGCAACAACACAUGCAGCAGCAGCAACAGCACAUGCAGCAGCAGCAGCACAUGCAGCAGCAGCAGCAGCAGCAGCACGAGUGGAUCAAUGGAACUUUGCAGGUGAGCGGGCCCCACAAGUUGGUGGGUAUCGUAGCUCCAGUGCCCUAUGGGUCACUGCAGCAGCAACAGCAGCAACAGCAGCAGCAGCAGCAAAUGCAUGCAUUAGUUGAUUAG